UCGUGCAGGUUCCGCCAUGAUGAACAGCGGAGGGAUCGGAAUGCCACUUGGCUUCCCCUUGGGCCCCACGUCUGUCAUCCAGGUCACGAACCUGUCCUCGGCAGUGACCAGUGAGCAGAUGCGGACUCUCUUCGGCUUCCUGGGAGAUAUCGAGGAGCUGCGCCUCUAUCCUCCGGACAAUGCCCCUCUUGCAUUUUCUUCCAAAGUAUGUUAUAUUAAGUUUCAUGAAGCAUCGAGUGUUGGUGUGGCCCAACAUCUAACAAACACAGUUUUUAUUGACAGAGCUUUGAUAGUUGUGCCCUGCGCAGAAGGUAAAAUCCCAGAUGAAGCCAAAGCACUUUCUUUAUUGGCACCUGCUCCUACUAUGACAAGCUUGAUGCCUGGUGCAGGGUUGCUUCCUAUACCUACACCAACUACACUCAGUGUUUCACUUGGCACUUUGGGGGCUAUACCAGCAGCAGCACUGGACCCUAACGUUACAGCGCUGGGAGAAAUACCACAGCCACCAAUUAUAGGGAAUGUGGACCCAUCCAAAAUUGAUGAAAUUAGAAGAACAGUCUAUGUUGGAAACUUGAAUUCACAGACUACAACAGCAGAUCAGCUGCUUGAAUUCUUUAAGCAAGUUGGAGAAGUCAAAUUUGUGCGAAUGGCAGGUGAUGAGACGCAACCAACACGAUUUGCUUUUGUGGAAUUUGCAGACCAAAAUUCUGUACCUCGAGCUCUUGCCUUUAAUGGAGUUAUGUUUGGAGACAGGCCACUGAAAAUAAAUCACUCAAAUAACGCAAUAGUGAAGCCUCCUGAAAUGACACCACAGGCUGCUGCUAAGGAACUGGAAGAAGUGAUGAAGAGAGUAAGGGAAGCCCAGUCUUUCAUAUCUGCUGCUAUUGAGCCAGAGUCUGGAAAGAGCAGUGAAAGAAAAGGCGACCGAUCUCGUUCCCAUUCUCACUCAGAAUCCAGGUCUAGCUCAAAGUCCCGAUCUAGAAGGAAAAGAUCACAAUCAAAACACAGAAGGAGAUCUGGCAACAGAUCACUCUCAAGACACAAGGACAGACGCAGAUCCAGAAGUCCACUGAAAAAAUGGUCUAGAUCUAGGGAAAGGCAGAAAUCAAGAAGCCGCUCUCAUUCUCGGGACAAGAAAAGAGGCAAAGAAAAGGUCAAGGAAAAAGGAAAGACCAAAGAAAAGGAGAAAGAGAGAGACCGAGACAAAGAAAGGGAAAGAGAGCGAGAUAAGGAGAGAAAAACAGAGAAGGAGAAGAACCAUGAAAGAGUGAGAGAAAGAAACAAAGAACAAGAUAGGGGCAGGGAUUGGGAUAAAGACAAUGACAAAAAUAAGGAGAAGGAAAAAGACGGGGAAAAGCUAGAGCAGAACCAGGGAAAAGAUGAUGUUGAUAAACAGGGGGAAAUGGACAGAGAGAAGAUUAAGGACAAGGAGGGAGAGAAGGACAGAGUCAAAGAAAAGGAAAAAGAUGAGGAUGACAAGGAGCGAGAAAGACAGAGAAAUGAUAAAAAGAAGAGAGAGAAGAGAUCCAAAACACCCCCAAGAAACUAUAGCUCGUCAAGAAGAUCUUAUAGCUCCAGCAGAGAUAGGCACAAAAGGAAGAGUAGAAGUCCCUCCAAGUCUCCUAAAGCAACAAAAAGAAAAUCUUCACAAACUCCUUCUCCAAGAAACAAGAAAGAAAAAAAAAGAGAAAAGGAUACAAAUAAUGAAAGAAGAGAAAGAGAGCACUCAACCUCCAAGAAAAAAAAUAGUAAAGAAAAAGAGGGAAAGGAGAAAUCUGACAAAAGCACCACUACUUUGAAGCAUUGCCAUUUGGGUUUAGAUUUUGCCAUUUGGAGACAUGAAAGUCACUCUCUAGUUGAUGUUUGUAGGCCAGUUUGAGAAGUCUGCAUGUUUGAACUUUACUGGGCCUAUAGGAGCUUGGAUGAAAAAGAUAUAGAAACACUUUGGUUUGGUUUUGCUCCCUUUUCUGUUCUAUGCUAUAUGUUAGGAGUUGGUUGUCUGCUUAUCUGUACAAGCAGGCAAGAAGCAGAUUAUGUAACUAAGCAGCAGGGUUCAGGCUUAGUUUGACUAUGUUGUGGUUUAACCACAGCUGGCAACUAAGCACCACUCAGCUGCUCGCUCACUCCUCCCUAAUGGGAUGGGAGAGGGAAUCAGAAAAGUGAGAAAAUUCAUCAGUUUAGAUAAAGACAGUUUAAUAGGUAAAGCAAAAACCAUGCAUGCAAGCAAAGCAAAGCAAAACAAGGAAUUAAUUCAUUCCUUCCCAUCAGCAUGCAGGUGUUCAUCUAUCUCCAGGAAAGCAGGGCUCCAUCACACAUUAACAGUUACUUGGGAAGACAAACACCAUAACUCUAAAUGUCCUCCCCUUCCUUCUUCCCCCAGCUUUAUAUGCUGAGCAUGACUAGAUUUGAAGGGAGAGAUAAGCCUGGGGACAGCACACCAACAUUUGAGGGAUAGUAUUCUAGUGAAAUCCUUGGGUCUGCCAUCUCAGUGGUGAUGGAGAACGGACAUCCAUGCAUCAGCAAAGACACAAGGGUUAUUGAUGUGUUAGAAACCACAGAAGUUCCUGAGAAUUGUCACUUAGGAAUUAGGGCUUCUUCCAGAAAAAGGUGGCAGAAUCAAUAGCCCAACUGAAGUGGGCCUGACCUUGGUUCUGACCUCAGGUCAGCCUGACCUCAGUGGAGCAGCUCAAGUGCCAUCAUGAUGGACAUACUCUUCGUUGAGUGGAAAACUGGCUGGAUGGACAGGGAAUGGAUUUAAAUCCUUUUGGUGGCUGGUCACCAGUGGUGUUCCCCAGGGCUCUGUGUUGGGACCUUUUCUAUUUAAUAUCUUUAUCAAUGAUCUGGAUAACAGGAUCAAGGACACCCUCAGGAAGUUUGCAGACGACACUGGAGUUGGGUGGGAGUGUUGAUCUUCAGGGUAGGAAGGCUCUACAGAGGGACCUAGACAGGCUGGAUCAGUGGGCUAAGGCCAAUUGUGUCAAGUUCAACAAAGCCAGGUGCUUAGGGACAUGAUUUAGUGUGGUGGAUGUGGCAGUGCUGGGUUUACGAUUGGACUAGAUUGUGGGAAAGGAUCUUGCUGCAGCCAGCUUUAUCCUUGAAGCACAGCUCUCCCCUUGAAGUGCACUGAUAAACAGCCUUGAGAAAGGAAACAGAGCCCUGAGAAAGAAGUGAUAAGAUGAAGAACAGAGGCACAAAAAUAGGAUGCGAGCAUACCGAAGAAACAGCAAGAGCAGCACGAAGAGAAUGUAGCUUAGCCAAUUAUUAAAAAGCAAGUGCUGCAUGCACAGCGUGUUUACAAGAUAAAGCAGCCAAUUAAGCUUUGCAUAUUUACAUGUACAUGACUAACAAUCAUAUGUAUAGAGGUAGAAAGCGAACAAUAAACAGCUUCUGCAUUGAUCAUAUUGGUCUGAUGCGUAGUCCAUGAAUCCCAUCCCAUGAGGUGGUCCCUGCACUAGAUGAUCUUAAAGGUUGUGGUGGUUUAGCCCUGGCUGGGUGCCAGAUGCCUACCAAGUCGUAAUAUCACUCCUCCUCAACUGCACAGGGGAGAGAGAAAUAUAACAAGAGGUUCAUAAGUCGAGAUAAGGACAGGGAGAUCACUCAGCAAUUAGAGUCACGGGCAAAACAGACUUAACUCGGGGAGAAAAAGGUUUGAUUGAUUAAGGAAUAAUCAAAACAAAACAGGGAGAUGAGAAAUAAAACCAAAUCUUAAAACACCUCCCUUCCUCCACUCCUCCUUCUCCUAGGAUUCUCCAUCCUUCCCCCCCCAACUGUGCAGGGGAUGGGGGACGGGGGUUGUGGUCAGGUCAUUACAGAUGGACUUUGUUGCUGCUUCUUCUCAGGGGGAGGCCUCAUCACACUUCCCACUGCUACAGUGUGGAGUCCCUCCCCACUGGAGACAGUCCUUCAUGAACUUCUCCAACGUGGGUCCUUCCCAUGUGCUACAGUUCUUCACAAACUGCUCCAGUAUGGGGCUUUCCCAUGGGGGAAGCUCUCCACACACUGACCCAACGUGGGUCAGCCACCAGGAGAACAGUCCUUCAGGAACAGUCUGCUCCAGUGUGGGUCCCUUACAAGAUCACAAGUCCCGACAGCAAACCUACUCUCUGGCGUGGGCUUCUCUCUCCCCACGGGCUUCCAGAUCCUGCCAGGAACUUGCUCCAGGAUGUUUCCCAUGGAGUCACAGCCUCCUUCAGACAUCCACCUGCUCCAGCAUGGAGUCCCCUACGGAUUGCGAGUGGAUCUCUGCUUCCCCAUGGUCCUCUGUGAACUGCAGGGGGACAGCCUGCCUCACCAUGGUCAUCACCACAGGUCACAGGGGAAUCUUUCUUCCAGGGCCUGAGCACAUCCUCCCCCUCCUUCUCCACUGACCUUGAUAUCUACAGAUAUGUUGUUCUCACAUUCUCACUUCCUGUUGCUGCUGCAGUUUAGCAACCGUGCAGCAACUUCUUCACCUUCUCAAAUACAUUAUUCACAGAGGUAUUACCUCCAUCACUAAUUGGCCAGGCCUUGGUCAGCUGUGGGUCCAUCUUAGAAUUGACUGGCAUUAGCCCUAUGAGCUACAGGGGAAACUUUUGGCAACUCUAAAGAAGCUACCCCUGUAGCUCCCCCACUACCUGGCCCAGGCAAAACCACUACAGGGGUGUUUAUCAACUUAAACGAUUCUGUGCCAUCAUAUGGUAUGGAGUAUCCCUUUGGUCAGUUGGGAUCAGCUGUCCCAGCUUUGUCCCCUCUCAACUACUUGUGCACUCCCAGCCUACUCUCUGGUGGGGUGAUAUGAGAAGCAGAAGAGGCUUUGAUGCUGUGCUCAGCACUGUUCAUCAAUAACUAAAACAUCCUUGUAUUAUCAACACUGUUUUCAGCACAAAUCAAAACAUAGCCGCAUACUAGCUGCUAUGAAGAAAAUGUACUAUCCCAGAUGAAACCAGCACAGGCUGUCAAGCUGAAAAUAUUUUUAAUAAACUUUCACUCUGUAGUUCAAUCUCUCCCUGGUAGCUUUGGUCAUGGUCUCUGCAGGAGUAAAGUUGAAGAUUUGAGGAAGGGUAAUAUGGAAUUUUUCCCUUGCAUAAUAGAAAGUGCUCUGAUUAAGACAAGAAACAUCUUCAAAUUGUUUAAUUAGAGUUUGAAAAGCACUGUGCCUUUAAAGAAUAGUUUGUGGUGCUCAGAAUUAUUCAAUUAUAAAGCAGUUGAUUUAGGUGUUUUUGUCUACAUGCUUAAGUAAUUGUCUUACCCAAGAACUGUCGUAAAAUUUAUGUUACCUGACAAAAAAUAGGAAAGAAAAAUUGUACUCCUCUCUUAUUUAAAAUUUAUGCUGAAAUCUUAAUUUCUGGAGCUAUUUCUCAUAGGUCCCUUGAUGUUUCUUGUUCUGUUUUACCUGAAUAUUGAUGAUAAAGAUGGAUGCCUUUAUGGCAAUGAUUUCUUGGGUGAUGGGUUUUUAUGAGUGUCUGACUUCAGCCAAUUGAAAAGAAAACUCUUCUUUUUUUUAAAAAAAAAAAGCAAAAAGGGAGGUGACACUGUUCUAAAUAUUGCUGAGACAAGAUAGGCAUGUAAAAAGUGAGGCAGUCAAAAUACCAAGAGUUGGUUGGACGUCAUAUCCUGUAAUGCUAAGAGUAUGUUUUUUUUUUUUUUUUUGUAAAAUAA